CAGAGAGGAACAAAAGUAACGCGUUAGUCUCUUCCACCUAAUAUCUGGGGGGUUAUGUUCCGAUAUUGCCUUUUUAGAAACGAGCAACAGAAGACGACGCAGUGAAGGUUUUUUUUUUUUUUUUUUGGAAAGAUGUUAUCGACAUUGAACGCGGCGUUUACGCAGAGAGCGUAAUGUUAUGGACUGUACAUUAAGUUAGCUCACUGGCUAGCCGGAUAGUGCUGGCUAGAUGCUGCCGCGUCUCAAAGCGAUGACUGACAGCGAUUUCUAUGGAUAAACUUCAAUUAAUGUGGGAUUUUUAUAAAGCUGCCCAACACAGGUUCGUCUUUGAAAAGGUUCAAUCAUCCUACCGACUGUCAUGGACAACGUGAAACCACGCAGCAAUGAUGAGGAUGAAGAGCUACACUCCACAGACCCAGAGAGUAAAGAGAAGAGCAAAGACAAAAAGACCCUGUGCAAAGUAAAGUGGUCCCGAGAUGAGGAUGAAAAACUGAAAAAACUUGUAGAGCAACAUGGAACUGACUCCUGGAAACUAAUAGCUAACUUUUUCCCAGGGAGGACAGAUGGCCAGUGUCAGCACCGCUGGCAGAAGGUGCUCAACCCAGAGCUGGUGAAAGGACCCUGGACAAAAGAGGAGGAUCAAAAGGUUAUUGACCUGGUACACAAGUAUGGCCCCAAGCGUUGGUCGGUGAUCGCUAAGCACCUCCAGGGCAGAAUUGGAAAGCAGUGCCGUGAACGGUGGCACAACCACCUUAAUCCAGAGGUGAAGAAGUCUUCAUGGACUCAGGAAGAGGACCGAAUCAUCUAUGAUGCCCACAAACGUCUUGGCAACCGCUGGGCAGAGAUCUCCAAGCUUCUUCCUGGACGGACGGACAACUCCAUCAAGAACCACUGGAACUCCACCAUGAGGAGGAAGGUGGAGCAUGAGGGGUACCUGCAAGAUGGCUCCAAGAGUUUGAAUUCUUCUCACGGUGGAGUGAAGAGACGCCACCACAGGCCGUGUCCUCCAACUCCAACAGAGCUGCAGCACUGUGACCGCAGUCCUCUACCUAUACCGGGACCCAACCAGAUAGGGGGAUAUUCUUAUGAUCCUCACAGUGGACACUUGAUGGAUAGUCUUCCUGAUAAUUCAGACUUCAUGUCGAGUCUGGAGCAGUACUCAGCCUGGUCCGAAAGUGUGUCAGAUGACACAUUGACCACAAGUAGCAGCAGCCUAAAGGAGCAGGCAGAGAGAAGGUCCUGGAAGGGCUCUGAGAUCCCCCAGGGACCUCAGCCACAGCUUCCUGUCUCCCCCAGCAAGUUCCUGGCUGUGGAGGCUAGCGCUGUGCUCUCCACCCUGCAGACCAUACCGGAGUUCGCAGAGACCAUGGAGCUCAUUGACUCAAUGUGUUUUGCUCUUCAGGACCCUGUUGCAUGGAGCGACAUGGCCAGUUUUGACUUGUCAGAGGAAGCGACACCUCCCAGGCACAACCAGGCAGGCUACGCCACUCACCUGCAAGACAGGCCAAUUGACAGUUCAAUGGGCUACACAGUCAACACUCCGCCUGCCAUCUCUGCUCGUGAUAAGAACUGUGCUCAAUUUGGUCUGGGCAGUGUCAACUCCCUGACUCCUAUCAACUCAUCCAAACCCUCCCAGACAUCCAUUGGGAGGAGGAGGAGAAGAGAGAGGGGGGAACCGUCUCCUUUGUGUGACAGAACCUGCUCCUCCUUCCUGGAAAAUAUCUCAAAUUCUCCAAAGAAGACGCCCACAAAGUCACUGGCAUUCACCCCGUCACGAUUCUGCAACAUAUCAGGGGCGGAGCAUCUGAAUCUGGAUAACCCCGCCCUCACCUCAACUCCUGUGUGUGGCCAAAGGUGUCUCCUUAACACACCACUCCAAAAAGAAACCACACCUAAGCACCAGAAAGAGAAUGAUGGUUCACGGACCCCCAAAUUCCGUAAAACUGUCAUGAUUCCAACGCCGAGGACACCGACCCCCUUCAAAAAUGCCUUGGCUGCCCAGGAGAAAAUGCAUGGGCCACUGAAGAUGGAGCCCCAGCCAUUGGCGUUUCUAGAAGAAGACAUUCGAGAAGUUCUGAAGCAGGAGACUGGAGCGGACAUCUUUAACAGAGCAGACUUCCAGCAAGACUACAGAGCAUGGAAACAUAAUAUUGAUGGCCCAGCUAGAAAGGUGCGUAAAUCUCUUGUGCUGGACCCCUGGGGGAAAGACUGCCUAAAUGUCCAACUCUUCCAAGAGCAGCUCAACAACGCACAAGUGCAGGAUGAAAGUCUACUGACAAACUCCUCACUGAUCACCCCGAUCUCCGAGCAGGAGUGUAUCCGUUCUUUGACUUCUGGCCAAGAGGAGCCCUCAUUAGUCCCAGUACAUCCUCAUCGCUUCACCAGCCCCCGGAUGAAGAAGCUUCUCGCCUCCCACAAAGCACCAAGACAUGCCAAUGUACAGGUGAGUGAGUGGGAAGCAGUGGUUUAUGGGAAGACAGAGGACCAGCUGAUCAUGACGGAACAGGCUCGUCAGUACCUGAACCCUUACCCGUCUUCUGGCUCUACCUCAAGGGCCCUUGUGCUUUAAAGCCGUCCCCUCACUGCGCAGGCAACACUACUACACCCCGUCCAACAACUGAAAGCUCCACUGAAUCCUGUAAGAGACAAUCCGGUGAAGACAAAUGAUUUUAUUUUUUGUUUUGAAGCAGAAAUGCACUGCCAAGGACGUCCACAAAAAGGCACGGCUGCUGGUAUUGUUUUCAACACGUUUCUAGGUCACUGCCCAAGUAGUUUCUCGUUCAUAGGUUUGGCUGUAUUUUCGUUGAAAUACACACAACCUAAACAGUUUUGUACAGAUAUGAAAAGUCUAGAUUUUUUUCUGCACUAGUCAGUAAUGUUGAAACAACCUGCACAUACAGUAGGCUUUAGAAAUAGUGUUUAUUACUAGCAGUGGCUGCUUCUGAGUUUUAUAUUGUUAAUAUAUUGUUCAAAUGACAAGAAAGACAUUUUAUAAUGUAACGCUACUCAUUGUUUAUUUCCUCCAGCUUAUUUCGCUAAACUGCCCCGUUGCUGUUAUCAGAUAAAAACCACGUACAUGCAAAAUAUGUAAUUUUUUUAUUGGCACCCAUGUAUUUCUAAAACCACACACCAUGGGUUUUUAACAAGACACACAGAGUACAGAAUGUAAUGUUAACAACUGCUUUUGAAAAUUAGAGUAACACAAACGCAGUUACGUGGUUUUUUGUGACAGCAGUGUUACGAUGCUGAAUGCCUAUCCACGGUGAUGUGAAGUUUUUGAGGAUGGAAAUAAGAAGCUGUCAGUAUUGCACUACUGAGUUGAUUUUGCUGCUGAGAAAGGAGCAGUGUUUUUAAGGGCAAACUGGAUAGCACUUGUGAUGGUAUAUUUUUAUGAACAACAGCAUUUCCUUUCCAAGGCCGUAGUGUCUGUCGAGACAUCGGUUGAAUGUAUUUCAUUGCAAUGUACAUGUGUAAGAACCUCAAAAAUGGAAGGGUACCUUUAAUGUUUAUUUUCUGUUUGUUUUAUUUAUUAUCUGACAGCUCUAAAGCUUAGAUAUUAAUAUAAAUCGGACACCAUGAGUUCUUAAGAAGUUUAACUUUGCUGACAAAACAGCCUAAAAACCCUCACUUGCUCUACAGCAGUUCUCUCUGUAAUAGAGAGUGAAUGGUCACCAUUGCUUCGGUCAGUCAGUUUCCGUGUGUCACGAUUGACCAGUUUUCAUAUCAUCAGUGUUCUACAACAAGCAUUUGGUCGAGAAGGAUUUACUUUUUAUGUGAAGGCUGUAGGUUUUAUUUAUUUAAUGUCUACUAAUUUAUUUAUUUUCUAAAAAAAAAAAAACAUUUAAGAGAAAUUAUUGAAGAAUUUUAUUGUCUUUUCUCUUUCAAAAUCAGGAUAGGGCUACCAUUCAGUUUCAUUACUCCAAGUUAGAAGAACACGCACUGCCACUAAUUUAAUAUUUUAAUUUCUCUUUUCCCGAUCAGGCAAGAUCUAGCAAAUAAUCAUUGUGUAGUUGUAUCUGUGAUCUUGUAACAUAUAGAUAGGACUUUUUUUUUUCUCCAUUGAUUCAAAUGCGUUCUUCGCUAUUAGGUAGCAGGACUCCAUCUACGACCUCUAAUCAUAAACAAAUUGCACUUUUUACUCAUUUAAUUUUAAAUGUUUGUUCAUUCUGAUGAUGUAGCUCUUGUCCUUAAUUUUAUUUUUGUUUCUUUGUGUGUGUUUGUGUGCGUGCGUGCGUGUGUGUGUGUGUUAGACGGUUGUCUCCCCGUUUGUAAUGAAUGCUGACAUUAAGAUCUUGCUGCUUGAUUUCAACAUUUUUCUCCUGUUCUGCUGCAGAAGUGUGUGUUUAAAUACACAAUAAUAACUACAUUAAAGCCUUACAUUCAACUUUUUUUAUGCAGAUGUCUCUGGGCAAAAACAGACCGUCAUUAUUAUUUUUAUUAUUAUUAUAACAAGAUCCAAAUUUGAUCCCUGCAGCAGCCAGCGUCUCAAUAACCUUGUAUCCUGCUGAACCUCUACCCGCUCACUCGUGAUUUGACACUGCAUAACAACAAAAUGCUUAAAAUGUAAUGUAAAUAUGCACAAAUUUAGCUGUGAUAUUUUUGAAGAAAUGUACUACACUGUGCUUCCAUAUUUAACUGGCGGUUUCAUGUCAUUUUUAACCAUCCUGGGACAUAAAUUACUAUAAUCUGGUGAGGUAACACUACAGCUAUAAAUGGUGUUUUUUGUAUUAUCGGCAUUAGUGGAUCCAGUAUUAGUUAUAAUCUGGAUUAUCCUGCAUUAAGCAUUUGAGUGAAAAUAAGAAGGGAAUCUUGUCAGGGAGAUCAAGUGGAAAGAUCAGGAGUAUACAGUACACAACUUUAAAACAGAAAGUAGACUAACAUCCAUAUACGACCUUUGUAUUUGAAUCUGGUGGCUGAGAUGUGUCUAAUCUGUAUAUAAUUGUGAUAUAUGUUCUGUUUGUUGGUUUGACUUGUGUUUGUACAUUCCAUUUGUCAAGUCCAAGUUAAUAUGUUUGUACGUUAACAUUUGGCUAUGUAACAUCAUAGGUUUUGAGGGAAUUAAGUACAUAUACAGGAUAGUAGCAGCUCUUAUAUACUACUGUAGUUAUGCAUGAGCAAUACACAAGAUGCUGGACUUUGCUUUAACCGACGAGGUGAAUCACAGAUGUAACACUCACUCUAUAUUUUGUAGCAUUUUCAGUUGAAAUCAUAACCGAGGUACCAUAGAAAUCCUGCCAACUGUCUUUGUAACCGUGUACUUAAUUUGGAAAAAAUAAAUGCAUAUGU